AGCAAUUGCGCAUUGGCAACCCUCUUGUGAAGCAAUUUUCACUGCCCCCCAGCUAUAUCUGCUGAAACGUAAUAAAGACGUACAUUUGCGUCAUUCAGCAGGCUUUUGAAGUAGAGUGUAAACGAGCACUUUGGCAGGCGCACAACUGACCGGGGAGUGAGUGUUGAUUUUACGUGCUUUUGCUGUGAUUGUUCAUAGCUGCAUUGCCUAAAAUGAAUCACUCCGGGCCUGAGAAGCGCGAGCAGAAGUUCGUGCUCGACUGCAUCGCUGUCAGUUCGGUUGCGCUCGGGUAUGAACACCUGCGCCCCCGGCUCUGGUCGGUGCUCCCCGGGUACGACGCACGCAAUGACCCCCACGCUGCGCGCUACACGACCAUCCCGUCCGUGCAGAGGGUCCCGCAGAAGACCACCCCAUCGGUGCAGAGGGUCCCGCAGAAGACCACCCCGUCGGUGCACAGGGUCCCACAGAAGACCACCCCGUCGGUGCAGAGGGUCCCGCAGAAGACCGAGAACAAGGAACUGAAGAGCGCCGCGGCCCAAAAGUCCCUAGACCUGAGGAACACUUCCGGAGCAGGUCACUCCCGAGAGCAGGUGAGCAACCACAGUGGUCUCAUGUCGGACAUCAAGCCGCUGAUAGGCUACAACGGGCGGUUUGGGUUUCGGCGCAACACGCCCAACCUCCGGCGGAACCCGUCCAGCUUCGGAGAGGUGACCACGUUCCAACUCCAUUGAGUCCAGCAACCGAAAAGGCAUCAUCAUCAUUAUGACGUUCCAAUGAGCAACAAUAAAUGCGUCCAGAAUGCCUCCCUAUAACUUGAUGAGUAAUUAUUUAUGCCUGUAUAUCUCUGCUUAACGCUAGGGUGAUAAUAUAACAAUAACAAUAUGCUGUUCACAGACUGCUAUAGCCUACCUUCACAGACUGCUAUAGCCUACCUUCACAGACUGCUAUAUCCUACUUUCACAGACAAUGGAUUUCAGGUAGCACCAUUGAUGUACACUAUAUAUACAAAAGUAUGUGCACGAACUUGACUGGCCUGCACAGAGCCCUGACCUCAACCCCAUUGAACACCUUUGAGAUGAAUUGGAACGCCGACUGCGAGCCAGGCCUAAUCACCCAACACCAGUGUCCAACCUCACUAAUGCUCUUGUGUCUGAAUGGAAGCAAGUCCCCGCAGCAGUGUUCCAACAUCUAGUGGAAAGCCUUCCCAUUAGAGUGGAGGCAGUUAUAGCAGCAAAGGGGGAACCAACUCCAUAUUAAUGCCCAUGAUUUUGGAAUGAGCAGGUGUCCACAUACUUUUGGUCAUCAAGUGUAUUAGUUUACUAUCACUAACCAGGUUUCCAUCCACAUUUUUACGAUAAUUAAGUAGACUACAUUAAAACAAUUACAGACCUGAUGGAAACAGAUUUUUUUGUAAACUUUCCAAAUGUCCACAAAACAGAAAUGCUUGACAAGGUGGGAUCUUUUUCUGUCAGUAAAAUUAAUAAUGCGAGAAAUGUUAUGGAAACGCUUUUAUGAGCAAAUAUUGAUAUAAUAACCAUCAUAUCAAAGUAAAUGGCGUCAACUAUGACUUGUGUUGUCCUCCCAUUAUG